AUGAACAAUUUUGCACCUGCUGACUAUUCAUUCAACAACUUUAUGUAUGCUGCUAUUGCACACAGUGCUGCACCAGGUAGUAGCAACUUCAUGCUACCUGAUAAUGCAAUGACUGCUAUGAUGUCAACUCAUAGCCAGGCUACCAAAAGUAUAUCAGAUCCUUUGAUUUCGAUGAUGAGCACAAUGAACAACCAGUUGAAAGGUCUGGCAAACCAGGUUUUGCUCAUGGCUGAUGAUAUCACUUUAUCUAACCAGACCAUGACUUGCCUCCAGAAGACUGUGACCAAUAUUCUUGCUGGCCAGACUGCUAUUCACGAUGUUGCUUCCAGAUGUAAUACUACAUCAAGCACUGAACUUGCCCUUAUUAGGGACUAUGUUAAAACACAAAACUUUACCAGCAACAAUCCAAGAGAAAUUGCUGCAAACGAUGCAAAGCCAGAAUGGGUGCUGACAAGCUACUUCAUGAGUAGUGAUAACCAUGGUCUUGCAUCAGCUAUGAGUGCAUACUUGCAGAGACAGCCCUGUUCUGCUGGGAUAGCCAUGCGUGUUCUUGAAGGUAUGGUAAAAAACUAUUUCAGCAACCAAGUGCGCGAGUCUUGCAGAUCAGCCGAAUUCACAAAAAGAAAAGACACUGCCAUAAGAAGACAUCAGUGUGGUGUGACACUUCUUUGCCGGCGUGGACUUGCAUACAAAGAAAACAAAGAUGCAAUCAACAAGUUUAUGGAUAGAGUUGACUGUGUCCAUGCUAUCCAGAAAGCCACUAUGUCUGAUGAAGAGUCUGAUGACGAGGAUCCUGCAAGAGACAAGACUCUUAUGACUUAUUGUCCUAGUUGGAGAAGUGAUGAGAUAAUAUAUUUUUGUAGAGAUUUAAACUUCAAAAGCUCUUUACUUCCCUUGACAAGGCUAUUAGCAUGUGAGUAUUACCAGUGGCAGUUGUAUGCACACCAAUUGCAGCAGGCAUCAAGAUUCAAUGAGCAGUACAUCACAGAAUCAAUGAUUUUACUGACAAAAAGAUAUUGA